AUGGAGGGACAUCUAUACCCCGGUCGGCUUUCUGAAGUUGAAAUUCAAAUUAUGGUUGACAUGUCUGCUCAAAAUUCCAAAUCGCGAGACAAAUUGACGGAGUUGAAAAAGCGAUAUCCAAACAACGUGAGCACCAUCAGAACUAUAUAUAAUGCACGCAAGAAGCACAAGAUCGCUGAGAGAUCGGGUCAAUCACAAAUGCAAUCUUUGUUCUCAUUCCUCAAUGACCAUGAAUACUUUUUCGAUUAUCGGGCAAACCAUACAACCAAUGAGCUUGAAGAUUUAUUCUUUGCACAUCCUGGCUCGCUAGAUCGAUUGUGUGCAUUCCCGAACGUGUUGUUGAUGGAUGCGACAUAUCAUACCAACAGGUACAGGUUGCCUCUCGUAGAAAUUGUUGGUGUUACUUCAACUAGUCAGACUUUUUGCAUAGCGUUUGCAUAUUUAAACUCAGAAAAAGAGGCCAGUUAUACAUGGGUUUUGGAAUGUUUGCGAUCCGCAAUGCAUGGAUGCACUAGCCCACGAGUUAGCGUUACAGAUAGAGAGUUGGGACUGAUGAAAGCGUGUGCUUAG